UAUUGCUAGUUGGGAUGGUUAUUAGUGUAAUGCUAGUUGUAGAUUGUAGUAAAAGUUGUGGUAGUAGUAGUAGUUUUAGUACUUUUUAUAAGGAGUCUUUGUCAAGUAAAUAUAAACCGAACUUAGAAUGGAUAAAACUCAUUAAGUUAAACCCUUUAUUUUUUUUUAGAAGUUAGUUUAAGUCAAGUAGAAAUAAACCGAACUUAGAAUAGAUAAAACCGAGAUUAAACCCAACUUGGGAUUUUGGGAGCGUGUUUACAAUUUUAAAACCUGGUACCCUGUUGUCUAGUAUAAUGUGACAAUAGGUAUGGCAAUAGGUAUGCUGAUAGUUAAAUAUUACACGUUGUAGUAAUUGUAGUAGUAGUAGUAGUAGUAGUAGUAGUGGUUGUAGUAGUAGUUGUAAUAUAGGGGAUGAUGUAGAGGCAGUGGUUAGGUUAGUUAAGAGACGUGGGGGGGAAGGUCAGGUCAAAGGGGAACUAAACAGUGACCUAUAGUUGACCUCUCAGCAGGGGACACGGGAACCAGAGGUAGCUAUCAGAUUAACCUCUACCAGCGCCAGAAUAAACAACCAAAUCCGCUAUGACUUCACCCUCGGGAGUUACCAACGAGUAUAUACAGAUGACCUACUCCUCGACCUGCUCACUCUCCCUUCAAGGAUCAUCCAUGUUGAUCUCCAGGAACAACAACAACAACAGACGGAGCAAGAUCCAAGAGCGGAGGAGGCAGCCAGGAUCAUGGAAGAGGUGUAUCAAGAUAUGGUCACCAAAGAAGAGUUGGCUAGAUUAGAUGCCCAACCAAAUCCCUUUAACUUCAGCGAGCGAGUGUCCCAAACAACCAGGUUCACACUCAGGAACCUGGCCAUGCAGACAGAGCCUCCUCCCAGCACCGCCUUCACCGUCAACGUAGGUCCUGCCGAAGUGUACGAUGCCUACCAGAAGCACUACCUCAAAAUCCUGGAGAAAGAGCGCGAGAGAGAGAGGGAGAAAGAAAGGGAAAGGGAGAUAGAGAGGGAGAGAGAGAGAGAAAGAGGAAGAGGUAAAGCAAAGAAGGCUCCUGCGGCAGUAGCAUCAGACCCCCUGGUACUCGCUCAACCGCUGCCCAAGAAGUACUCGAACGGGGCGCCGGACCUGACCAAGCUAAACAACACAGCCAGGGUGGUGGAGCGGAUGGUGAACCAGAACACAUAUGACGACAUCUCACAAGAUUUCAAGUAUUGGGAGGACGGCAGCGAUGAGUUUAGACCGCUUGAAGGAUCACUCUUACCACUGUGGAAGUUUAGCCACGAGAGGUCACGUACACUCAUAGUAUCUGAUGUGUGUUGGAGCCCCGUGUAUCCCGAUCUGUUUUCCGCUGCUUAUACCGCUGGUGAGAUAGGUGGUCCAGAGGGGUCAGGUAUGCUCUGUGUGUACACCUUGAAGAAUCCUACUUCACCUGAGCGCGUCUUCCGAGCCCCCUGUGGCGUCACCUGUGCCACCUUUCAUCCUAAGCACGGGAGCCUAGUAGCAGCGGGGUGGAGUGAUGGCACUGUGGUCGUGUAUGAUAUCCGAUCCAACUCGUCACCUGUUGUCAUCCCAUCCACUACCACGGCAGGCAAGCAUCUCCUCCCCGUCACCCAGGUGGUGUGGGUGAAGACAGAACCUGGUGAAGAGCUCUGUCUCUAUUCAGUGGCUAUGGACGGUCGCCUUACCCAGUGGCAGGUUAGGGCAUCGGCUCUCGUUCACACCGAUAUUCUUCAUUUUCUCGAUGCUGAUUUACCCUCACAGCACUUCACCACUGACAAAAUCUUGCUCGAGGGUAUUGGGACGUGUGCAGCCUUCCGCCCAGAUGACGGGGACGUGGUACUAGUGGGCGUGGACACAGGGGCCGUCUUCCAGUGCUCCACCCUCUCUACGGUACACGCCCUCACCCGCUACCCCGCCCAUACUGCCGCGGUCAGGGCAGUCGUGUGGAAUAUCCAUCAUCACAAGGUGUUCAUAUCCUGUUCGGUAGAUUGGACCGUCAAAGUCUGGUUUCAGUACCACCUGUCGCCUCUAGUGGUGCUGGACCUGGGUGGGGCAGUGGCCGGGGUGACGUGGUCUCCCUACAGCAGCAGUGUGUUCGUGGCAGUGUCAGACGAAGGACGUGUGCAUGUGUACGAUCUCUUCACCCGUAAAUGUCGGCCCCUGUGUGUCCAGAGUCUGGUUCAGAGGCGACGUGUGGCUGCUACCUGUGUUUCCUUUAACCCCUUCCAUCCCGUUAUCAUGGUUGGGGGUGAAAAAGGUAACCUGGUGUGUCUCAAACUCUCGCCAAAUCUGAGGAAAAUCCACAAAGACGCAAAGGGUGCAGACGACAUGAAACUGAAGGAGAUUGAACUGUGCAAGAUGGAGAGAUUGAUCGCUACCAACAGAGGGUAAACUUGUGUAGAUAUACCUGUAUGUAGGGAAUAAAUUUGUGUUCAUUAGAUUAAUAGGAGUAAACUUUUGUAUACUAGAUGUAGGAGUAAACUUUUGUAUACUAGAUGUAGGAGUAAACUUUGUGUACUGUACUAGAUGUAGGAGUAAACUUUUGUGUACUAGAUGUAGGAGUAAACUUUUGUAUACU